GAAAUUUCCGACCCAUGAAUGUUUUCCCCCUCUCAUAUUUGUCCUAUCCCCUUCUGUUUUAGUAUGGACAGUGGACAAUGGACAAGUCUUAACUUGUUUGUUCCCCCUCAGGUCAAAUUCGCAAUUUUUUGUAUACCCUCCGCCCUUCUGUGCAGAGUUCCCCCACCAGUUGUUCGACAACCGGAGUGAGCGAAAGAGCUCAAACUAAGAAAAUAAAGAAAGUUCUCAUCAACACAAAUUUAGUUUUUCAAUGUUCUGAAGUUAUUUCAGACAUUUUGGUGCCGUAACCAGGAUUGUUGAAAUUCUGGUGUUGGCGUCACAGCAAGUGGCGGUUCCGACGAAUCUGUGCAAGACAGACAAAAAACCUUUUCCCGAGUGUUGGCGUCACACCACGUGGCGGAUCCGACAUCCCUGUUACCGACAGGCUGACUCUUUGAAAAAGUAAAACACAACGUAGGUUUAUCCGUAGUCAUCCGUGCUCACCCGAAGAUAUCCGCAUGAAACGAGUGCUGAAGGCAUUCUAGAAGGAGAUUUCAACAACCCUGUUCGACACAGGUUUUCAAAAAGCAAGUAAAAUUUCACUGACUGUACAAUGGCGGAAAGAACACGGCUAGUGGCUCUACGGCGUGGAGGGAGAAGUGCUGCUACUCGUUUAACCGGCAAGCUCAGUACUAUCUUUGAUGAUGACACUAUGGAGCCCAUCCAAAAAAUUCACGAGUUAGAAUGCAAACUAGCAGAGCUCAACGCACGUUACGAGACCUUAAACGAACUAGAUCAGCAGAUCUUGUUGGUAACGGACGAGGCAAAUUUGCAAGCGGAAGUAGAGGCGACCGAUGUGACUAACGGCGCAAUUGAAGACGCAAGAGCACUAGCUCAAUUUAGAAUCAAUACUCUGAAACGAGAUCAUGAAGAAACGAAUCCCGCUCCUAAUCCAACUCCAGCACUUCCAAACGGGCCCUCAAGAGCCACGAGCAGGCCCAAAAUAGCCCUACCACGCUUCAAUGGCGACAUCCUUCAGUGGCAGCCAUUUUGGCAAGCCUUUGAUGCAGAAAUCGAAAGUGACAAUUCCCUUGCGAACAUUAACAAGUUUAAUUACCUGGUGGGUCAGCUCGACAGUAACGUGCUAGUUACUGUAGCGGGAUUGACACCUUCUAACGAAAAUUACGCAGUCUUAGUGGAUCUGCUUCGAGAACGUUUUGGUAGAAAACCAAAAAUAAUUGCCGCCUACAUGAGAGCGCUAUACACACUGCAGAAGCCCGAGGGCCAUUUGAAGAGUCUUCGAAGUUUCUAUGAUUUGCUAGAAUCUUACGUUCGAGGUCUGGAGUCGCUGGGUAAGCCUCCAGAUACAUAUGGAGAUUUGUUAGUGUGCAUUCUGUUGGACAAACUUCCAGGGGAGGUGCGCAAAAAUGUUGCCCGGCAACAUGAUCAAGACGAGUUCACACUUGAUCAACUGCGGAACGCUCUUAAGGGAGAGAUUCGAGUGAUGGAGGCGGGACAAUCUUCAUUAGUACCGGCGAAUAAUCAGCAAUUGCAUAGAAACUUUAAUCCAAAGCAAUCGACCACAAUGUUUAACGGUGUAUCAGGAUCGAAGCCUCAGUUCCAAUUUCCUUGUGCGUUCUGUGGUGCUGAACACUCGGCGAAUUCGUGCAACCAAGUUCCGUCCGUUGAAGAAAGAAGGAAAAUUGUGCUACAGAAACAUUUAUGCUAUAACUGUUUAAGUUCAAAACAUCAAAAAAAGGAUUGUCGUUCCAAGGUGGUGUGCAAGACUUGCCAAAUGAAGCAUCAUUCGAGCCUUCAUCAAUUUGAUGCUACAAGAUCCACCUCUACAAAUUCGGUACCUACAACGGUAACCAACGCUCAUUUUCAAACCGAAAGAUUGAAGACGCCACGCAAUACAUACUCGAAUGCCUUGAACGUUGCAACUCAAAGUGAGGUAGUGCUAUACCCGUUUGUCUUCCUUAAAACGGCCAUCGUUAAGGCUCGUUCGCCUAAGGGCGAAUUAAAAGCAAAUUUAAUGUUUGACGAAGGUGCACAAAGAACAUGGACGACUUGGGAUUUUGCAAAACGUCUCGGUCUUCAUCCUACGACUAAAGAAUUGCUAAUUACGUCUGGAUUCGGCAACUCCUUUGCAACGCCUAGAUAUUACGAAGUGGUGGAGUUUUGCAUCGUUGUCACCGAUGGAACUUCAGUACGCAUACGAGCUAUAGUGAUAGACUAUCUUGUUAGCCCUUUGGACGACAAGUACCGUAAAGAACUAUAUUCUCUUCCCCACUUGAAGAACCUUAACCUAGCUCACCCCUACACGGGACGCAAUGUGUUCAAAGUUGACAUUUUAAUCGGAGCUGAUCACUACUGGCAUUUUAUCGGAGAUGACAAACCAGUGCGUGGACAAGGGCCAACGGCAGUGAAUUCAAGAGUGGGGUAUCUGGUGUCCGGUGCCUUAAACAGUGCUAAAAUGAAGAGGCCUUCUCAGUCCAUCAGUCUCAAUAUUCAAGCAGUCGAUGCAGAUGAUUGUUCUUACCUGUGGUCGUUGGAAACAUUGGGUAUUUUUCCACAUCAAGAAAACAUGAUAGAAGCCGCCGAAUACGCAAAACGUUCUAUUCAAUUCAACAAUGGGCAGUAUAUCGCUCGUUUUCCUUGGAAGAUGGAUCACGGAGAACUUCCGACCAAUUACAAAAUGGUUCAAAACAUGACAAGGGCCAUAAUAAAACGACUGCAUAAAGAUGGAAUGCUGAGUGUCGUCGCCACCCUAAUUAAAGAACAAUUAGAUAGUCGGUUCAUCGAGCGUGUUCCACCUGAGCAACUCUCUAGAAGUUGCCAUUACAUCCCGUAUCAUUUCGUCAAAAAGGCAUCGUCAACCACACCUAUUCGAAUCGUAUACAACUGUUCGAAUAAGGGUUGGAAUGGCGUCAGUUUCAAUGAUUGUGUUGAGACUGGGGCCCCUCUACAGAACGAUCAGAUUCAUCUUUUACUACGAUUCCGAACACAUGCGAUAGGUAUGGUAGCGGAUGUCGAGAAGGCCUUCCACCAUAUUGAGCUUCACGAGUCCGACCGAGACUUUUUACGUUGGAUGUGGCUGGAAGACUCAACGAAUCCCGAUUCGCCUCUGGUUGUGUAUCGGUUCAAAGUGGUUCCAUUCGGAGCAAAAUCAUCGCCGUUCAUACUGAAUUCCGUUAUCAUGCAUCAUUUGAACAGAAAUGCGUCAGCAGUUGCCAAGAACAUGCAGCAAAGUGUUUUCGUCGACAACAUUAUAACUGGUUGUGAAAGUGAAACUGAAAUCGAAGAAUACUUCCGUCAAGCGAAUGAAAUUAUGUGUAGCGCUAACCUUCCUCUUCAAGCUUGGGGCUUCAGCAAUAGCGAUGUGGAAAGGAGGCUAGGAAAAGAGGGGAAGGUCGAUCCUUUGAUCGAAUCAAAAACCCUGGGACUUAUUUGGAAUCGUGACGUAGAUUAUCUACAUGUCCAGGUACCUAACAUUGCGAGCGUCACAGAGAAAACGACCAAACGUGACGUUCUUAAAGGAACAGGUUCAUUUUAUGAUCCGUUGGGGUUUUAUGCACCCUUAGCAACAAGCGCUAAAAUUCUGAUUCAAGAUCUAUGCAUAAAAAAGGCGAAGCUAGACGAACCCGUGGAAGAAGAACACUUGAAAAGAUGGGGAGAAAUUGUCUCAUCGAUUGUCGUUGCGGUGAAAGAAAAAACAAUGUCGGUGCGGAGAUCAUACUUCGGGGCAGCAGCAGCAGUCCAAGAAUUGCACGUAUUUUGUGAUGCGAGUCGUCGAGCGUACGGUGCAGUGGCCUAUUUCGUUCAUCAGACUGAGGUAGCCUUCGUCGAAGCCAAAGUCAGAAUAACGCCAAUAAAAAACAGCCAGCGAGAAGGAGAAAGAGAAUUAUCCAUUCCUGAAGCCGAACUGAUGGCAGCAUAUCUGGGAGUACUCAUCGCGUCGAAUAUAAUUUCGGCACUGGAGCCAAAUGGAAUUAAGGUGCGUGUCUUUCUUUGGAGCGACAGCCAAAUAGUCCAUUUUUGGAUUUCCAAGGGAGACGGACAUCCAAGACAAUUUGUUACUAAUAGAGUGAAAAAAAUUAGGGAGUUCAAUAAAACGCGUGCAGCGACUUGGAAAUAUGUGCCGUCGGCUGAAAAUCCAGCAGACAUUCUCUCUCGAGGAGCAUCACUCAAGGAAUUUCAGGCGUCUAAGUUAUGGGAAAAGGGUCCUGAGUGGUUGGUGGAACGUAAGCUAUGGCCUACAUGGUCAGUGUGCGAGUUCAAGAAUUCACAAACGACGCAGGUAGCAGUUCAAAGUGUGCAUUCAAUCGUUCCGGAAGAAGACAUUUUUCAAGUGAUUGAACCGAAUAAAUACAGUUGGGAAAUGUUGCUAAGAGUGACUGCACGAGUGUUUCGUUUAUUGGCAAAUCUCCGACUAAAGGAUCCCAAUCGAAAUCUAUGGAACCGCCAACCAUUAAAAACAAGUGAGCUACAGGAAGCGGAAGAUGUUUGGAUCCGUGCGUUCCAGAAAAAACAUUUGCUAAAAGAGUUGGAUUAUUUGAAAGCAAAGAAAAAAUCAUGGAGACCAGCCUUGGUUUCACAACUGGAUCUUUUUCUGGACACUAAGGGCAUCAUUAGAAGCAAGGGCAGGCUACAAAAUGCAGCUAUGGUGGAGUCUGCGAAACACCCAGUGUUGAUUCCGAAGGACUCACUAUUGGCACGGUUAAUCAUCACGUCCGUCCACGAGAGAAUUUUUCACUAUGGAGUGGAAUCGACGUUAUCCCAUUUAAUUCAGCGCUAUUGGAUCCCGUCGGCGAGAUCUCAAAUCAAACGGGUAUAUCGGGCAUGCGUUAAAUGCCGAAGAGACUCGGGUCCAUCAUUCCGACUGCCAGACCCAGCUCCUCUUCCAGCAAAUAGAAUCAGAGAAAAUUAUCCAUUUGCCAUCACCGGAGUUGACUAUACUGGAGCAAUCCCUAUUCGUCAAAAUGGAGGAGAAGGAUCGGCGUACAUUUUGUUAUUUACGUGCGGUACCACGCGAGCAAUUCAUCUAGAGGCAGUUGAAGAUAUGACCGCUGGAUCUUUCAUUGAUGCGAUGCGUCGAUUUACGGGCCACCAUCCGAUUCCGCGUUUGAUUUACUCAGACAAUGCCACAACGUUCCUUAGUGUAUCGAACAUUUUAGUGAAGCUGUUCAGUCAUCCGGAUGUCACGAAGGAGUUGGCCAAUAUGAGAACAACUUGGAAGUUUAUUCCAAAACGUGCUCCUUGGUAUGGCGGAUGGUGGGAGCGGCUCAUCGCACUAACGAAAACGUCACUCAGGAAGAUGGUUGGGAAAACAAAACUUCGUUUUAUUCAAUUACAAACUAUCAUCGCCCAAAUCGAAGCAAUAUUAAACGACCGUCCGUUAACGCGCGUCCCUACAAAUAUCGAUAGUUUCGACCCGCUUACACCUUCGCACCUUCUCUACGGCCGGCGUCUCUUGACUCUACCCUUUCACUACGAAGCAGAAGAAGAGAACGAAGAUCCAAGCUAUGGAAAACCUCAAGAUCAGCUAAUCCUUUUGAAAUCGUAUCUCAAGACUCAAAAUGUCCUACGUUCCUUUUGGCGCAGCUGGAACACGGUAUACCUUCCGUCCCUGCGAGAACACCACCAAAAGACUAGAGGUCCUAUUGAAGAAAUCAUUAAGAUUGGCGAUGUGGUACAAAUCCAUACGGAUGAAAAAAGAUCGCAAUGGAAGCUUGCAGUUGUACAACAGCUAAAUCGAGGUGCUGACGGCUUAGUCCGGUCAGCUGAAAUUCGAACAGCAAACGGAAAAACAAAUCGUCCCAUCAACAAGCUGUACCCUUUAGAAGUAUGGGAACCAACGGAAGAAGUUCUUGAUAACCAGGGAAGCAGGUCGGUGCCAGCAGUUCCAGAUAGUGAAGAAAAGCAGCCCAAACUCGGAAAAAUCCAGCGCGAAGCAGCACGACAAGCCGUAAAGAAUAUCAGAUUGAUGGCGCGUAUGGACACCAUACAAGAAGACGAAGAGUAAUUUCCGGCCGGGUGUAUGUCGGAAAUUUCCGACCCAUGAAUGUUUUCCCCCUCUCAUAUUUGUCCUAUCCCCUUCUGUUUUAGUAUGGACAGUGGACAAUGGACAAGUCUUAACUUGUUUGUUCCCCCUCAGGUCAAAUUCGCAAUUUUUUGUAUACCCUCCGCCCUUCUGUGCAGAGUUC